CCAAAUUGCCGACACUGGCCACAGGAAUCGCCACCAAUUGAGGUUGGACAAUGUUUGGACCCUGCAGCAGUCCUAGGAUCAUUCCGUCUGGAGUGGAGGCGUAUCCAACACCUGAAGGGGUCUGCAGCAGAAGAGGAAGAGCCUGGACUGGAUUGGUUGGAGCAUUAGGUAUCACGCAAGGCACAGAUGAUGGAGGAACUGGAAGACUUUGA